AUGAGCCCGGCACCUACUAUUGAAUUGAUUUCUUUGCCUGGAAAAGGUCGUGGAGAAACUAUCAGAUUACUGUAAGUUUUCCAGUGCUCGAAAUGAGCUCCAAGAAGAAAUGCGCAAGAUUACUGUAGGUGUCUUUUUGAAAUUUGAAACUUUUUUUGAAGUUCCAAAAUCCAUUUGUUUCUGGAAAUUAAAAAAGUUCUACGUUUUUCUCGAAAAAAAAAUUUUUGCACAUUUGAAAAAUUCUGAAAUUUUUCAAAGAAUUUUUUCCACUGAAAGUUCAGACCGUUUGUCAAAAGUCACUUUAUAAUUGCUUAAAAUUAUUCAGGCUAACUUUUGCAAGUCGUCAAUUUAUCGAUACUCGUUUAACAAUUGCACAAUGGAAAGGCAAAAAAGUUUUGGAAGGAUUCAGCGAAUCAACAAAAUUACCAGUCAUGAAAAUCAAUGGAACUCGAGUCAUUAUUGGAGUUAUUGAUAUUUGUAGACAUAUUGCUUUGCAAUACGGUAAUUCCUUUUUAUUGAAGCAAGCUUAUUUUUCCAAAAUUCUAGGUCUUUAUGGGAGUUCGAGUGGAGAUCAAGAAAAAAUCGAUGAAGUGAUUCGAGAUUUGGAAGGUCUAAACGUGGCAAUGAAUCCGAUUCUUCGAGCAACUCUCACAAAAAAUUAUGAUGCGAGGAAAGAAAGUUGGAAUACUUUCAAACAGGAUUCAUUAAUUCCGAUGCUGAAUAAAUACGAGGAAAUUUUGGGGCAAAGAAAGUUUUUGGUGGAUGAUAAGGUAGGAUUUUAUUGAAAAGGGACUCUCUGGACUUUCACACAUGUUGAACCUAGAUUCAGAUCAAGCUCGAAAUUAUUUUAAAUUGGAUUAAAACUUCAAAAAAAAAUCAACUCUAACAGACAAUUUUCAUGUAUUUUUUAAAAAUCCUGACAAGAUUUUGAGGGUUGGACGAAAUCAAACUGAAAAACGAGAUAAUUAGAAUUUAAGAAAAUCUAUCCAGAAAAAAGUUUUAAAUUAUGAGUUCCCGACCUUCCCAAUAAUUUCUUACAGUAUACUUGGGCCGAUAUUGCACUAAUCGAAUUUAUCACUCGAUGUCAACAAUGUUAUGAUAGUUUCUUUUUGGCACAUUUCGAACAUCUUCGACAAUUUUGCCAAGUUUUCGAGAUGCUUCCAACAAUUCGUCCCUACAUUCAAUCAAGAACUGAUACUUUUUUCUAA